UAGGAAAAGUGAUUGCCAAACAGUCCAUAUUGAUGUCAAAUGUUGGCAGCAUGGUCUCUAAGUUUAGUCGGUUCCUUGUUGAACGAAUAAAAGAAAAAUAUGCCAAAUGAAGUGACAGUUUUAGUUUGUCUGUGGUGACAGUUGUGACUUGUAUAUUUUUCUGUUUUGUUGUAACUUUAAAACAUAAUAGUUUCUAUAUAAAAUAAAACAGUGGCUCCAUAUAUGGUUCCUGUAAAAUAUCAAGAACACACUGCACUCAAACGAUAAACUUAGAGUGCAGCUAUGUGUGAGACACUUCAACCUAUAAAGGAUCAAUUAUUAGGUAUUGAAAAUGAAAUUACUGGAAAAAAUGAAAAUAAUGAACAAUAUGAAUCAGGAAAGCCUACACUUCUUGAUAUGCCUGUUGAGAUAAUAUUAAAAAUAUGCUCUCUUCUAGAUGCUCAUUUUUUAAAAAACACUGUCAGUAAAGUAUGUCAAAGAUUUGAAAACAUAUUAGCAGAUAAUCACCUUUGGAAAUAUUGGGUUCAUAGUAAAAUUAAAGGAUGUUUUCCAACACUACCUCAGUUGGAAAUAUGGGAAGAAGAGCCAAUAGACUGGGAAGAAGUUUGUGUAGAGAUGGAUGUGGAAAGAAUGAAAUGGUCUGAUGUCAAGUCCACAACAAGGCAUAUUGUUGUAAAGGAUGUGCAUUUUGCUUCAGUGGACACUGUUUUAUUAGUUAAUAAUGGUGAAAUGUGUAUAUCGGGUGGAAGAGACCGCGGAAUGGCACUGUGGAAUGUGCUGGAAGUCGGUCCACACGAUCAGAGUGAUAAUAUCACCACAUUUACGGAUACCAAGCCUAAGCUCAUAAGGCAUGACGCUCACUCAGGUUGGGUGUGGGACUUGGCCCCAGAUGAUAUUAACUCAACUACCAAAAUAUAUUCCGCUUCAUGGGACAAUACUGUAAAAGCGUGGGACUUAGCUGCUGGACUUGAAUGUAUACAGAUCUUCAAGUGUGGAAUGUCAGCAUUAUCUUUAGUGACUAUUGGUAAUGAAAUUAUGACUGGUUUGUAUUCUAAAAAAGUAUUAUCAUUUGACUUACGUGCAGGAUCAGGGCCGACCUACUCCUAUAAACCACACAAAGGACCUGUAUUAGCACUGCACGCAUACAAUAACUUGAUCGCAUCUGUCAGCGAAGACAAAACACUUGCUAUUUGGGACCGAGUUGCUGGGAAGCUGCUGCACAGUGAUGUCAGAAUACCCACAGAUAAAGCUUACCCAGUGUGUAUAAGUUGGAGCCCAGCUGCAUUGUACAUAGGUGAUUCUAAAGGCUGCUUGCAUCUCUUUCACCCAGAAACUCAAUCGUAUUUAAAAACUCACGAGAUGUGGCCCGAGCCGCCUAUAAUAAAACCGUCUAGCAAGAUAACAGGUUGCUACCAAAGCAAGGGAAACAUGAUUGUCUGUUCAGACCGAGGAGACAUAAAAUUCUUAUACAACUCUUAUCCCCCACAAGAAUAUGCGAGUGUCAAAAGCAGUACAUUUGAUGUGACACAGUUGCGGUACUUGAACGGUGUGCUGGUUAUCGGCACUUGUGACUCGGCCCUGGAGUUUUGGGUUCCGAACGAGAGAUAUUCAGAUCUGUCAUCGUGAUAAACAACUCAUAACUUUGUAACUACAUAAUAGUAUAUUAAUAUAUUAACAAAAGCUUUUUUACAAAGGCAAAAUUUAUUAUUUAUUAAUUUCUUUAUACACUUUAUUUAACAAAUAAUUGCGUUUUUGUGUAAGUACCAACUUUUGUGUCUGUUAGUUAUUAAGUGAAUGAAAAUUAACAAAUUGUAUUGAAGUUUAGAAGUUGUGACAUUUAUAUUAAUCAGAUGAAAACAGGCAACGUUUUUACAGUGUGUACAAAAUAUUUACGGUAGACUGCCAUCUGCGAAAUAACCAGUAUAAAAGAAAAAUAAAUUUCCAAUAAAACACAUACACAAAUUGCCUCUUAGAUCAAUACGUCUGGCUGAUAAGAAGAUUUUUUGUUUUUUGAUGUUCUAUUAUUGAUAAGUUGGAUUACGGCACACUACAAGGCUGAAGUCAUUACAAUUGAAUAUCAUUCGGUCCCGAUAAUAUAAUGAAGACUGAAAAUAGAUAAUAACAAGUGCACCUUACGUCAGUCCUAUCAUAAAGCCUCGUAUAAGUACAAAUAAGAUAUAAAUACAAACCACCUGAGUAAUGUUUCAUAGUUAAAAGCGUGAAGGGGAAUCACCAGGCUUCUACCAGAAAAGUAAACUAAUAAUUCUCACUAAACAAUAUUUAUGGUUAUUGUAGGUACUUAUUUGCUGUUAUUCUGUAAUUUCAGUAAUUCCGAGGUGUUCUGUAUUGUAAAUCUUAGGUGGCCGUUAUGUUAGUAGUUUUUACUUAUAAUUUGCUAUUUACUAAUAACAGCAACAACUUCAUAAGCUAGUUACAGUAACAAAUAUUUUUCGCGACUGGCCGUUUGCGUAUGCUAGUUUACGAAGUUAUUAACAUUGUAGGUAGGUAUAAUAAACAAGCUUUUAUAUGAAGAGUGGGUAGAUAUUAGUUUACAUUUCUGGCACUUGACUGCUGUUAGGCUGUGUACCUAUGGCAUGGCUCAGCCAAUGGCCCAGCCAGGAAAUUAAUGUUCCAAAUCUGUCAGUCAAUCAAUCUGAGAGCAGUAAGUCAGGUAAGGCGGUUCUGCUCUAUUGCAUGGUUAACUAGGUUACCUUAUCAUUUAACUGCUGUAUAUCAAACAAUAAAAUGCAUUUAAAAUCUAGAUAGGAAGAACUUUCGUUUAACUUACAUUCCAAAUCACUCAUAAAAAAAUAGGUCACAUUUGACCUAGUGCCCUUUCGAUUACCACGACAAAAAUGAAGUGAUUGUGAUCCACAUAGUUAUGCUUAUCAAAUUUACUGCUGUUUAGAGUCGGGGCUUUAUUUCGAAAAUUGCUAAAUACGCUAUGAGUACCUACCUACCUAAUUGAACUUUCCAUGAGUUUUAGGAGCAUUCCAUUUUUUAUUUUAUCAAUUAAAAUCACUUACCUGCAAGUUUCGCAAGACUGUAGAGAAAAUAAUAACAUUUUACAGAUUAUGUUUCAACAAAUAAAAUAACUUGUAAUUAUGAUAACGUUUACCAAACGUGUUGCACAGUCAAUUUUUGAAUUUACUAACUAUCCAAGGCACAAAUAACAUGUUUUACUUCAUUGGUAAUUUGUUAUAUUUUCUUUGAUACUUUCAAUCUCUAAUGACGAUUUAACAUAUGUACAAAAUAGAUAUAUUUUGUUUCCGUUCUGGGUGUCGUAUCGCUGCACCGAAACCCUAAAGUUACUCCUGGUUACUGAUACUUACCAAGGUACACACGACAUCCUACUAUUAGGCAAUUGAAGUGUCUACUAGAAGUAGGUACCAACAUAUAGGUAUUAUUUUAUACUUACUGUUAACAAAUAGAUCCUUGAAGAAAUCAAUGGUAUCGAUUGUAAUUAAUUUAUAUAUACGCAAAAUGGCAACUUAUAAGUACUUACGUGUAAGUACAUAAUAUAAUAUUGCACAAAGCUGCUUUUUGCGCUCUAUUAACAUCUUUAAAGCCAUUUUAAUAAAGUUUUCAUAUAAAAUACUAA